GUACAACGAGCGGAGGAGGCGACAACAGACUGGCGAGGACGGAGAAGACACCAUGACAGCAAACGGAGAAGCCCGCAGCGGGACGCCGUCCUCUGACCCCAAUGCCAGUACUCGGCCUACCCCUGCUAUCGGCACCAGCGGUACAGCCGCGGAGGCCCCUGUUGAGAGCAGUGUUCGCACCCCGAUCGGUGAGACUUACCAAAUCAUUGACGGCGAAAUUGUCCUCGAUCACCGCUCUCUGCAAGUCGAUCGGCACGCUCGCGCGCGCGAAGAAGCCGGCGAGCUCGUCGAAGUGGAGGAGAACGACUUCACCCACCACACCACCUCGGCCACCUAUCUCCGGCGCAACCUCAAACCGCAACAAUGGACCGACGAAGAAACCGAUCUUUUCUACCAGGCGCUGCAGGCAUUCGGUACCGACUUCGACACCAUCUGCCGCAUGUUCAAGGGCAAGACGCGAAAGCACAUCAAGCUGAAGUUCAACCGCGAGGAGCGCGUCAACCCGCAGCGCAUCACGGCCGCGCUGGUCGGGCAGAAGACGGUCUCGAUCGACAUGGAGCAGUACCAGCGCGCGACGGGGCUGGAGUACGAGACGGCCGAGGCCAUAUACGCGGAGCAGAGGAAGGCCGAGGAGGAGUUCGAGGCGCGCCAGAAGGCGCUCGAGGACGAGAAGGCCGAGGAGCUCCGCCGCAAGAAGGAAGAGGUGCUCGCACAGUUGAAUAGCGCUGUCGAUGGUGAGGGGAACAAAAAGGGUGGCAGGAAAGGGAGGAGGAAGAAGGGCCCCGUUGUUAUGGGGCUUUGAGAGGUGCAGCCCAGCUCGGAAGUCCGUCAGGAUUCAGUCUUCUUUUUCCUUUUUUUUUCUUUUUCGCUUUAUAUUUUAUCGCGCGGUCCAUACAGGAACGCCUGGAAGGGCACAGAGGACUCACCGUGAUUAGUUUUCUUUGAUACCCUUUUUCAACUAGUAGGAGGAUCAGUGUUUUUAAGUUCGGGCUGGGUGGGAAGUCGGCAGGCGACCCGGGCGGACCAACACAGGGAUACAGAGAGUAAUGCUGGUCAAAGACCAAAGUUAAGGGCUGACUGAACACCUUUCGU